AAACUAUAAAGGUAAAACUUCGUUAAGUACGUUUUAUGCUAUUUAGUAAAUAAUUCAUCACAAUCUAUGCUUGCUCUGAAAGUUAAAUUCAGCUGGAAUCAAAAUGGUUAAUAACAAAUAUGAAAUAUUGCAGCAUUUAUACGCCGCGCACUGGGAGAAACGAGCGCUUUAUUUCUUCGCAGCAGACGCACUGAAAAUCCAAUAUGGCCGUUUUCUGGACCUCUUUAAGGGUUUGUUGUUUUGAUCGUUGUUUUGACAAUCUUUUCAUGUUAUGACGACGCCAGCUAACUCGAAUAUAGGCAUCCAUAACACGGAGAGGUGGUAUUUAACGAGGGAGCAAAUCAUCAACAGCCCUUCUUUCAAAACUGGUCUAAUAUCAACACCCAAAGAAACGAGUUAUAGACAACAUGGUGCUCUGCUUAUUCAAGAAAUGGGACAAAAGUUGAAAGUGAAUCAACUAUGUAUCAACACUGCUAUUGUUUACAUGCACAGAUUCUUUACCUGUCAUUCCUUCACAGUAUUCCACCGGAAUAAAAUAGCCAGAGCAUGCAUAUUUCUGUCAGCGAAAGUGGAAGAGCAGCCCCGAAGAUUAGAACACGUAAUCAACACAGCUCAUUUUAUUUUAAACAACGGAACUCCCGCGAAUCCCAAAGUUUAUUCACCUCUCGACCCCCACAGCGAGGAAUAUAAGAAAGAAGUCGAAGAGCUGAUCAGAAAUGAAACCAUCAUUCUGCAAACUCUUGGUUUUGAGGUGACGGUCGACCACCCUCAUACGCACGUGGUGCGCGCAGUUCAACAACUUAAAGUGACGAACGGCUCCUCGAACGAAGGAGGCACGACUGGCGGUAUUGGUCACGUGAACGACCUGGCCCGGUCCUCCUACUUCAUGGCUACACAAAGCCUCCACCUCACCACCUUCUGCCUCCAGUAUAAACCUGCCCUCGGUGCUGCCGUGUGUGUCCAUAUAGCGUGCAAGUGGACUAACUUCGAGAUCGACCAUCCAAAUCCAGACAGGAACUGGUGGGAGCUGCUUGGAUCUGACAUAACCUUAGAACAGCUCAACUCAAUAGCCAACGAAUUUUUAAAGAUUCUUGAAAAUACUCCCACCAAGCUAAAGCAAAAGAUGAUAAGGCCUCCUCAAUUGCCAAUAUCCCUCGGCUUAACAAGAAGAGAUGCUGUCAAGAGACCACGAAUCGAGGGUGACCAUCAAAACAGAGCUGGUAACCAUCUUCCUAAUCCUCAUCACGGUGUCUCCCACAACCCUGGUGCUAUGGAGAAGUCAGUGAGCGACAAACUUGACUUCCUUAUCGGUAGUGCUAUCACCAAAACAAAAGUGAACGGUUCUAGUUCAUCCCACAAAGUUGAAGAACGGCGCUCAAACCAUGAACACCAUCGACAUGAGACGGACGGCAAGCGGCCCAUCGCUAUUCCAUCGGCCUCCAGACCUUCAUCAAACGAACUUCACAAAUCGUCUCCUCACAUCGUCCGGCAAAACGAACAGCAUAAAUCGUCCCCACAUCUUAGUCGGGAACAUAAAUCGUCGCCGGGUCUUAGUAGGGAGCAGUUCAAAUCAUCGCCGAGUCUUAGCAGAGAACAGUUCAAAUCAUCGCCGAGUCUUAGCAGAGAACAGUUCAAAUCUUCGCCUCUGAUCACUCGGCCGGGGGAAGAAAGAAAAGAUCACCCUCUCCACAGUGGUCGAAGUGGUGAACACAGACCAGGGCAGCAUUCCCACGAUCACAGACCUCCUGCUCCAGUACGUGAUAACCGUCCGCCACUCUUCGAAAAUAAGACAUCUCAUGAACCCAAACUGCCCCCAAUGCACGAACACAGGACAGUUCCUCGAGACUUUGAACUGAAACGGGAUUUCGCAUCUGAAGAACGUAACAAACAUUCACUUAAAAAAACGAAAAUUAAAACAGAGUCUGACUGGCACGAUCCAAGUAAAGAAGCCAGCCUUAAAAAACUGGAACAGCGGAUGAAAAACGAGCAGUUGGACACCAGAACACCCAUCAUAAAAGCAGAUCUGGACGUUCCUUUAAAGGAGGAAGUGGAAGACUCUCCACCGCCGCCUCCUCCACCUCCUCCUCCACCACCCCCUCUACAGAGAGCCCCCAGACCCCAAGUCAGCUCCACAAUGAGAUACAAUCUACCUCCACCUCCCCUGCAUAGACAGUCUGAUCACAUUAAAGCUGAACCCAGGAACUCAGGAUGAAAAUUACAGUUUCUUAGGAUAACCAUUUUUACAAUUAUUGCAUCGAACGAUUGUUAAAAAGCAAGUCGCUCUGAUAUAUAAAGUCUAGUUCUUUUAUAGUUUCAGUGUAGUAAAGCAAAAAUGUAUAAAAAUAUGAUAAUGAUAAUAACAAUAUUUAAUUUAUGGUAUGUCUGAAUGAUGGCCGACGGGCUAUACCAGGGUAGGGGAUAUAAUAAUAGUCGACUGGCUAAAUUGUUGAGAUUAGAAUUCAUUGGAAAUCUCGAAGAUGGUAUGAAAGAUUUAGAGUCCAAGACCGGUUGGCUACAGUUGGUCAUCGGAAUAUUUUCAUAAACAUUUGCACUAAUGCGGUGAUGGUGAACUUUCCGAGGCCCAAUCAAAUACUUUUACCUUAUUUAAUUUAUGAUUUUUUAUGUUCGGUGUAGCAAUCGAUGAAUUACAGCCCUUCUAUGGAAAACCAAGAUAAUUUGUUUCAUUUCUAGGUCUUACCUAAUUGAAAUUAUAACUAAUUCUCGACAAAACUACUUAUCUCUCUGAAAAUCAAUAGACCUGAAACAAAGUGCACAAAAUGGCUGUAGAAAAUCGAACGUAAAUAUUAUUCAUAUUGUCUAAUCUACAAUAUAUAUAGACACGGCACGCAAAGCUAUCUGAUAGACGUUACUCUAGAAGCGGAGCGAGUGUUAUCUGUUGUCACCUAUUUGCUAUAACAUUU